AUGAGUGUAGUCACAGAGACAUGCUCUAUUUCUGGGCAGAUUCCCAAGAAUCUUAUCUCCGCAUUCGCGCAAGUUGAUUCAGCUGAUGGAGACGAACGUCCCAGGAAACGGCACAGAGGCGCGAAAUCGCGCCGUACUUCCAGUGUGAGAUACGAAUUUGGAUGCGAUUCAAAUGAUGUGCCUAUCGGUUAUAUUCCGCUGGCCAAAUUGUCAUUGCGACUGAUCUAUGCCAAACCCCUCAAUAGCGACGGUUUGGUGACGUACUCGGGAAGAUUGCCUGUUCUUGUCGCGUUGCAGAGCGCGCAAUCGCCAAGCUUGAAUCACGCCGACAAUAUCGAUGGAUGUGCUCGCGAGCAGCUCGAAUAUACCGUACACUUAAGUACGACCGACGAAGAUCAAGAGCCAUUGCUAUCUUGCUCUUUCGAUUAUACACAACAAUGCGAAUUCAUCAGCCAUGCUCGACAAGUGACUUCUCUUGUCCCUGCCGAUCGGUACUACAAUUGUCCUCCGACAGCUUGCUACCAAGCUAGUGUACAGCUGCUGAUGGAAGAUAAUUGUGUACUUCUUGAGGUGCUUGGGCUGUGGACAGACUCGCUCGAUAUCCCCGAUCUCAAUCAUCUGCCAGACUCUGCGUUGGAGUUCUUCUGGAAGUACGCUUUGCAUGAGGAAGAUGCGACGUUUGAAGCAGAGUCACAGCGUCAGCGACGUGAACAACUUCUGGGAUUUUCACGUGAUUGGUCACCGCGUGAGUUCUACGAAAACGUGCACGUUCCUCGAAAAACAGAAGAGUCCUCUGCCAUCAUUAAAUCCCCUAACCUCGAAUGCGACCUGUUUCCGUUCCAGCGGCGCGCAGUUCGAUGGCUACUAUGGAGGGAGGGCUUCCAGAUCCAGCAGGACGGAAGUAUAGGCACGGUAGCUUCUCAGUCACCGAAUGGCAUCUCAGCCUCAUUCAGGAAAAUGACUGACGUAUACGGGAAGAUUUAUUAUUUCAGCCAUCUUUUCAUGACAGUGACUACUGAUUUAUAUGAUUGGGGCGAUACUGCAAAUUCGAUACAUGGGGGUAUCCUUGCGGAAGAGAUGGGCCUCGGAAAGACAGUUGAGAUGAUUGCGCUUAUUGACUUGAAUCGACGGCCUGCAAAAGACUCAUUGAAACCAGAUCACAAUGGUCUACGAAUAUCUGGAGCCACAUUAAUCAUUACUCCUCCGGCAAUUUUGGAGCAGUGGAAGGAAGAAAUCCAGCAGCAUGCCCCAAAAUUGCGUGUCUACCACUAUACGGGCAUCAAACGUAGCCAGGAGCAGUCAGACGAUUUGAUGGUCGAGGAGAUUGCUGAUUUUGAUAUUGUCCUCACAACUUAUAACGUCAUCUCGCGAGAAAUUCACUAUGCAGGCGCUACACCGGGACGGAGCCUCCGUCAUGAGAAACGAUUCGAACCUCGCAAAACACCUUUGGUCCGAAUUGCCUGGUGGCGAGUCUGCCUGGAUGAGGCGCAGAUGAUUGAGAGCGGUGUCAGCAAUGCGGCAAAAGUCGCUCGCCUGAUACCUCGGCGAAAUGCCUGGGCUGUGACUGGCACGCCCUUGCGGAAGAACAUAGACGACCUAUUUGGUCUAUUGCUCUUUCUCCAGUACAGGCCAUUUUGUGAUUCGAGCUCCCUUUGGAAGCGACUCUACUCGCGUUUUGGUCCUGUUCUGAUCAGCAUUAUAAAUUCCAUUGCGCUUCGGCACAGUAAAGACAAAGUUCGUGACGAACUGCGAUUACCGCCUCAAAAAAGGAUCGUCAUAACGGUUCCCUUUACACCCAUUGAAGAGCAGCACUAUGGUCAACUUUUCGAAGAGAUGUGCGACCAAUGUGGCCUUGAUACUCUCGGUGCGCCUCUUACUGGAGACUGGAACCCAGAAGAUCCAGUCAUUAUCGAGAGGAUGCGUGCUUGGUUGACAAGACUCCGCCAAACAUGUCUUCAUCCAGAAGUGAGUGGAAGUAAUCGACGAGCUUUGGGCGCAGGGAAUGGUCCCUUGAGAACAGUUGAUGAGGUACUGGAGGUUAUGAUUGAGACAAACGACAGCGCCAUUCGAGCUGAAGAACGCACAUUGCUCCUUACGCAGCUUCGCCGUGGUCAGCUACUGGAGAACGCGAAGCGCAAGAAAGAAGCUCUAGCCCUCUGGCAGAGCGUGUUGGACCAUGCUUCAAAGCUUGCAACCGAGAGUCGCGAGCAACUGCGCCUGGAGAGGGUAAAAAUCCAAGGGGCAGCUGGCCAACUAAAUGGCACCAUAGCCACGGCGGGGAUAUCUGCCGACCUGACUGACGACGAAAGCGAAGGGGAAGUUGACAAAAACAGUCGAAUCGGAAAAUGUCGUCUCAGACUUCGCGCGUCCUUGGAAGUGCAACACAUUGCAGUCUUCUUCACUGCCAACGCGUACUACCAAAUAAAAAGCGACCCUGAAUUGACCGCGCCAGAUUCUGAGGAAUACAAGGCAUUGGAGAAGAAGGAGGAAGAAGCAUACGAGGCAGCGAAGCUGAUUCGAAAAGAAAUGUUACGGGACAUCUCCCGGAAGGUUGAGCAGUACUUGAAAAGAAUCCGGGAAAAGGCUCGCAACGAUGACUUUGUCCGCAUCCCGACCAUGAAGCCUUACCUUUACAGCAGAGGAAUCGAGUCCUAUAGGCUUCUCAACAAGUUCGAAGACCUUUGUGCUGCUUUGAACCAGCAUGCAGAACAGUACACAGUCUGGCGAGAGGCCAUGACUCGCCUAAUCUCCCAGUCACUCAUUGACCAAGAGGAGGAUGCCGAGUUAGAAGGUAAUGAGUAUGAGCGUUCGACGAAGCACCAGGACGAAAUGUAUGUAUACAUGGAAGCUCUCCGCGCCAUGUAUGCCGAUCGCCACGAUGCUCUUACAGGGCAGAAGAACAUCCUCAUUUCGCACGAAACCAGGGCUGGCAUUUCACAAGCGAAAAAGGGGGAGGGUCCUUCCCCGGAAUUGUUUCUCUCCAUUAUGAACACUCGGAGUGAGUUGAUGCCGAAACCUGAGCUCGGAUCGCUCCGCGGAAUAGUCAGUGAACUCCGCAGUCUUGUUGGUUCACUGGACUGGCAAGCCUCAGGAGGCAGCUCGCGCGCGGGUGCCGAACUUGAGAUGGUGACUUUGGUCUUAAAGAAUGCUGGCCAGAUUCUCACAGAGCAGUUGAGGACUUGCUCUAAGAUCGAGAGGGAAGUGGAAUUGUUUCGCGACACAAUGAACAAUCGAUUGGAAUAUUAUCGUCACCUCCAGCAGAUUUCCGACACAGUCGCGCCGUACGAUGAGGAAAGCGCGGGUAAGCCGUUGGACCAGAAUUUGUUCGAGUCCAAACUAGAACAAGAAGAAAAGAUAUACUCCAAGAUCUCUUCUUUGAAGUCCAAAAGGCGAUAUUUGAUCCAUCUACGAGACGAGUCGGGAGAAGAAGAUGGUGCUCGGAUAUGCAUCAUCUGUCAGUCAAACUUUGAAACAGGCCUGUUGACCGUCUGUGGUCAUAAAUACUGUUCGGACUGCCUUCGGCUGUGGUGGCGCGAACACCGAACCUGCCCUGUCUGCAAGAAGCCUCUCAAACUGAAGGAUUUUCACCAGAUUACGUACAAACCGCAAGAAAUCAUUGCACAGGAGGAGGAGACACCACUCAAAUUUGAGCAUGGAAAACAUUCCAAAAACGCGAUCUACACAGACAUCAGUUCUGGACUCUUGAAAGAGAUUGAUACUAUCAGUCUCGAUGGAUCUUUCGGCACGAAAGUCGAUACCCUGGCACGGCAUUUGUUAUGGCUCCGCGAGCACGAUCCUGGGUCCAAAGCGAUUGUCUUCUCGCAAUAUCGAAACUUUUUGACUGUCCUCAAACAAGCCUUUGAGCGGUUCGGCAUCGUUAGUAGCAGCGUCGAUACCCCUGGUGGAAUUGAGCAAUUCAAGAAAAACCCAGCGAUCGAAUGCUUCUUGCUACAUGGCAAGGCACAAUCCUCGGGCCUCACUUUGGUCAAUGCAACCCAUGUGUUCUUGUGUGAGCCGCUUAUCAACACUGCCAUUGAGCUUCAAGCUAUUGCGCGAGUGCACCGAAUCGGUCAGCAUCGCCCUACGACUGUCUGGAUGUACCUCAUAUCGGGAACCGUUGAAGAAUCUAUAUAUGAAUUAUCGGUGACUCGCCGCCUUGCCCACAUACUUGAGAAAGAAAAACAAGUGAAAAAGGAGAAUGUUGAUCUGGGUCAUGGAAAUGAGUCUUUGAUCAAUGAUCUCACGGAAACCGCAAUUGACUCCGCCAACUCAUUGGAGAUGGAGGGCGCGACCCUGAACAACCUGAUGACGAGUGGAACAGCAGGCGGCGAACUAGUCAAAAAGGACGACUUGUGGCAGUGCCUCUUUGGAGCAACUGCUGGGAAACAGAACCGUGGCCUUUCAACAGAUGCAGAAAGGGAAGUCAGCCGGUUCUUGCGCGGCGAAGCUGCUGAACAAAGGCGAGAUGAGAGAGCAAUUUGA